AUGUCAAUAGUGAAAACCUUAUUUAAUCUUUUAGCUCUGAAAAUGACUUUUGCUGGCUUGGCAGAAAUGCAAAAAAAAUCACACACUGAAGAGUUCGAGGGCGCCUCAGCUCUGUUCAGAGCCAUGUCAUCGUCUCCGAAUGAAGGAUACUCAUACAGCUGGAGUGUUGUUUCGUUUCCAUUGGACGAUUCAGAUAGCUCGGAUGAACCGGGGACUGGUUUGAAUUGCACGGUGCUGUAUUUGGAUCACUGCACAUCCUGGAACAAGUGCCGACAAACUUGUCUAAAAACAGGAGCCACUAGUUACAGAUGGUUUCAUGAUGGCUGCUGCGAGUGUGUGGGCGAACAUUGCAUAAAUUAUGGAAUAAACGAGAGCAGAUGUCGCCUAUGUCCCGAGCCAGGAUUGGAGGAUGAAGAAGAGGAUUAA